AUGGCUGGCUCCAAGAAACCAGUCAACAUUUUCCGUCUGAGGAACCUCGGCGACCCCAAGGAGAUCUUCAACUGGAAAUUAUGGUUUGCCGUCCUCUCUUUCGGCCUGAUGGGCGCUGCUCGCGGUGUGGACGAGGGGUUGAUCUCGGGUGCUUUCAACUCUCAAGAUUUCAAACGAACCAUCCAUUACAGCUCGUAUAGCGCGGUGGAGCAGACCAACAUCAAAGCUAAUGUAUCGGCCAUGGUGCAAAUUGGCUCGGUCGGUGGUGCUCUCUUCGCCUUUGUUGUUUGUGACCGCAUUGGCCGUAUCUGGGCAACUCGUCAGCUGUGUGUUCUUUGGAUCAUAGGCAUUGCGAUCUUCAUGGGAGCCAACGGCAAUCUGGGAGCGAUCUACGCAGGGCGCUUCGUGGCCGGAUUGGGCGUAGGGCAGACGGUCGUCGUCGGUCCCGUCUAUCUGGCAGAAAUUGCGCCUGCAUCUAUCCGAGGCUUGUGUACCUGUGUCUUCACCGGUUUCGUCUAUCUCGGAAUUGUCCUCGCCUACUUUACCAACUACGGCUGCCAAGUCAACCUCGGAGACAACACACAUAAGCGAUGGGAAAUUCCCACGAGCUUACACAUCAUCUUCGCUGGCCUGAUCAUCAUUCUCUCCUUCCUCCAGUACGAGUCCCCGCGAUUCCUCAUCAAGAAAGGCAAGCCGGAACAAGCUCUGCGUAACCUCUCGCGCAUCCGUAACCUCCCUCAAGACCACGAGUAUGUCGUGCGAGAGAUCACCGCCAUCCAGCAAGCCCACCAAGCGGAGCUCGAAGCCACGAUGGGCGCCGGAUGGUUCGGGAUCAUCAAAGAAGCUUUCCUGAUCCCUAGCAACCUCUACCGUCUCUACCUCGCCGCGAUGGCGCAGCUUCUAUCACAAUGGUCCGGCGCCGGCUCGAUCACGCUCUACGCGCCCGACCUCUUCAAACUCCUCGGCAUCACCGGCUCCAACGAGUCUCUCCUUGUGACCGCCGUGUUCGGUAUCGUCAAGCUCGCGGCGGCCAUCAUCUGCGCGCUCUUCCUGGUCGACGUGAUUGGCCGCAAACGCGCCCUGCUCCUAGGAAUCACGCUGCAAGGCAUCGCGAUGAUCUACAUCGCCGCCUUCCUAACAGACGUGCCGAAGAUGGGCAUCGACGACUCUUUCGUCCUCCCCGAGUCCAAGAAGGGCAUCAGUCGCGGCGCCAUCGCCAUGAUCUAUAUCUCGGGUGUGGGCUGGGCGCUGGGCUGGAACUCGAUGCAAUAUCUGCUGACCGCCGAGCUGUUCCCGCUCCGCAUCCGCGCGCUGGCCACCUCGGCGGCCAUGACGCUACACUUCGUCAACCAAUACGGGAACUCGCGCGCGGUGCCGAACAUGCUGCUCAGCACGGGCGACGGCGGCAUCACGCCCAAGGGCACGUUCUGGUUCUUUGCGGCGGUGACCGUGCUCGGGGGGCUGUGGGUGUGGUUCAGCGUGCCCGAGACGGCGGGUCGCAGUCUCGAGAGUAUGGAUCGGUUGUUCGAGUUGCCGUGGUACAAGAUUGGGCGGUAUGGCAAUCGCGAUGCGGAGCAGAGGGACUAUGCGGUGGAUGAAAAGCACGAGCAGGCGGAGGAGCAGUUUGGGACGGUGACGCAUGAGGAGCGCGCGGAUGCUUCGGCGAGGGUUUGA